AUGGAAAUUAAGAAAGCCCGGUUCCCUUGGUACGCCUACUCUAUUGACAUAUUGUUCUUCUUUGGACUACUCGGUUAUUUUGCGAUUGAUUUGUUUUGUCCAAGAAUAAUAUGGAUUUUGAUGUUCAAGUACCCUGAGAUUUCAAGAAUCAAAUUGGAGGUAACUAAUGCCUCUCUAACACAGUCUAAGUACCUCAACAGCAACAGUACGCUAUAUUCUAAUUUGGAGGUCAACAUCAUAGCAACGAACCCUAACAACAACAACAACAAAGUAGUAGUGUCUUAUGACAAGAUCAUGGCGGAAGCAUCGUUCCAAGGUUGUAAGUUUAGUAGUGUAACAAACUUGACGGACAUACAUGAGAAUAACACGAGCUUCCUUCAACUGCCUUUGGUGUUAAAAGGGCAAUGUGUGAUUCAUGUAACACUUGAUGAAGCCUAUAAAGCAGAGGCGCGCAAAGGGGUUAACCAUGACUUUGAUUUGAAGUUGGGUUUGUGGUUGGAUUUUCAAUACGCAAACCUGAAGAAAAGGAAGAGCGAUGGUAUGACUGGUAUCAAAGCAUCCAUCACGUGUCUAAGUUUGAGUUUCAUUUCGAAUGAUAAAUCAGCAAUUUCCUUCGGUAGAACCAAAUGCAAGUGUUCUCUCUGUGAAAUUUCAGAAAUACAGGGAUGA